CUCCGCAUGCACGGGCCAACCGAGAGCGCAUACGCAAAGUUUCAGCUGCAGGUUUGUCUCGAAAGAGUCAAAGCUGCGGUGUGUGUGUGUGUGUCAGGUGUUUUAACGGGCGUAAAACACACAUACCCCGCGGGAAUUGAGCUGUGUUUACAGCUCGACAGGCAUAAUGGAGUUGUAGAGGAAGUAAAGGAGGGCAGUAUGUUUCCAGCCACUAGUUAUCAGUUAACAGGUGGUUUGAGAACUUCCUGCUAUUAGAGAUGCACUUUCAGUACAGUUUUGUUACAUUUGUUGCCAGUAAUGCUAGUUUGUAGCUUUUAACCAGGAAGGUCAUCCCAAGCUGGCGUUCCUAAGAAAUGCAUCAGAUAGAUAGUUAGUAAACAGGUUUAUGUUGUCUGUAAGAAGAGAAGGAAGGUUUCCCAUAAACAUCUGUAAUGGCAAGUGUGCUCGCAUCAAAAAUGGGGCUCCAUUCCCUCUGGAAGAAGCAAGCCAAGACUUUCAAUGUUAAAAUUGUUACAGUGGAUGCAGACUUGGAGUUCAGUUGCGAGCUGAAGUGGAAAGGGAAGGAUCUGUUUGAAUUGGUUUGCCGGACACUGGCACUCAGAGAGACCUGGUUCUUUGGUCUACGGUAUGACGUCAAAGACACUGUGGCAUGGCUGAAAAUGGACAAGAGGGUUUUGGAUCAUGAUAUGCUCAAAGAAGAGCCUAUUGUGUUUCAUUUCCUGGCCAAGUUUUACCCAGAGAAUGCUGAGGAGGAGUUGGUACAAGACAUAACCCAGCACCUCUUCUUCCAACAGGUGAAGAAGCAGAUUCUAGAGGAGGAGAUCUACUGUCCUCCUGAGGCUUCGGUGCUAUUAGCCUCGUACGCCGUCCAUUCCAAGUAUGGAGAUUAUAACCCUAAUGUCCACAAGCCGGGCUUCCUGUCCCAGGAGGAGCUGCUACCAAAGAGAGUUAUUAAUCUAUACCAGAUGACUGCAGAGAUGUGGGAGGAGAGGAUCACCAUCUGCUAUGCUGAACACAGGGGCAGAACUAGAGAUGAAGCAGAGAUGGAGUAUUUAAAAAUAGCUCAGGAUCUGGAGAUGUAUGGGGUCAAUUACUUUUCCAUUAGGAAUAAGAAAGGAACAAGUUUACUGCUGGGUGUUGAUGCUUUAGGCCUCCACAUUUAUGACCCAGAGAACAAACUAACUCCCAAAAUCUCUUUUCCCUGGAAUGAGAUCAGAAAUAUCUCCUACAGUGAUAAAGAGUUUGCUAUUAAGCCCUUGGAUAAGAAGGCAGAUGUCUUCAAGUUCAACUCUUCGAAGCUCAUAGUCAAUAAACUGAUUCUUCAGCUAUGCAUCGGAAACCAUGACCUCUUCAUACGAAGGCGCAGAGUGGACUCGCUGGAAAUCCAGCAGAUGAAGUCGCAAGCUAGAGAAGAGAGAGUUCGCAAACAGAUUGAGCGUCAGAGGUUGGAGAGAGAAAAACAGUUGCGAGUGGAGGCAGAAAGAGCUCGUGAUGAGCUGGAGAGGCGACUGAUUCAGUUACAGGACGAAGCUCAAUUGUCCAAUGAAGCAUUGUUACGCUCAGAGGAGACUGCAGAUCUUCUGGCGGAGAAGGCACAGAUCGCUGAGGAGGAGGCCAAGCUGUUGGCUCAGAAAGCAGCUGAGGCAGAACAGGAGAUUCAGCGCAUUAAAUUGACAGCGAUUCGUACAGAAGAAGAGAAGAGACUCAUGGAGCAGAAGAUGUUAGAGGCUGAGAUGCUUGCACUGAAGAUGGCGGAAGAGUCCGAAAAGAGGGCAAAAGAGGCCGACCAGCUGAAACAGGACCUGCAGGAGGCGAGAGAAUCUGAACGCAGAGCCAAGAACAAACUGCUAGAGGUCACCAGCAAAUCGCCCUACUCGCCUGCACCAUUGUCUGCCAACGCUCUUCCUCCUUACGGGCCGAACUUGAACUUCAGCAUGGACAACCUGAGUUUUGACUUCAAAGACACGGACAUGAAACGGCUGUCCAUGGAGAUCGAGAAAGAGAAGGUGGAGUAUAUGGAGAAGAGCAAACACCUUCAGGAGCAGCUGAAUGAACUAAAGACAGAGAUUGAGUCAUUAAAGCUAAAAGACAGAGAAACGCCGCUAGACAUCCUGCAUAAUGAGAACACUGAGAAAGGCACCAGCAAGCAAAGCAACUUUAAAAAGCUCACUCUACAGAGCACCAAAUCCAGAGUGGCCUUCUUCCAGGAGCUAUAGCCAUCCACAUGGACUGAACUAUAGUGUUUGUAUUUGUGAAUAAUAUCUUGAUUUCAUGACAUUCCUAACAGGCUGUGAUCCAUUCCGUUUGCCUCUGGCACAUUCUGCUUAUGAAGAAUGAAUUUGUGAUUUAAAGUUUACAUUACGAAGACCAGGCCCUUGGUCUGCAUGGCCUCAUGCAAACACUUAACUACAGAGCAUGAUCUCUCUAACACUAACUCAAACUCACUCAUUCUGUGAGUCACACUACAUGCUGUUUCCUAGUAUCCCUUUGCCUGCAUGAGGUAAACCCUUUAUGAAGACACUACGGUUAAGUGGGCAUUAAGUAACGAAUACACUCUGCCUACAUGGCUCUCCGCUGUGCAACUCAGGUUCAUCUCCCUAGUAGCACUGCAGAUCUCUGUCUCUCUCUAUCAAUAUGUGUCAGAAUAAUUGGCCUAAAGUAGUCGUAUUGCACCCUUGUGUGGUAUUCGGUUUGGUGUUCGUUUUUAAAAGCUGGUUUACUUUAUGUGGAAGUAUAGAUUGAAUACAGGAUAUUGUAGGGAAAGAAAAAUCCUUAGGGAGUAUACCAUUUUUAAACACUUUCAGAUGUGAAAGUUUUUUUUUUUAUUGUUUACUUUUCUUGAAAUGUUGUAGAAUGUUUAAGGAUUUGAAUAUAUUUUUGAAAAUGUGUUUGUGCAAAGGAAUAAAUGAAUUGAA